AUGGCCACUGACAAGAAACGACCUGCGCCCGAUGAGAGCCAGCAGCGUCCGGCUAAAAAAAACCAAACAACCAACGGUAGUACGGCGAGUCCUCAAGAUGGCGCGUCAGAGACACCCUAUCAAAACCUGCUACGGCUCUUAGACGACCACAAACCAAGAGAAAAAGAAGGUCAAGACGCUCAAGAACGCGGGGUGAUAGUCUGGUGGAUGCGCAUGCGUGAUCUGAGGUUAUCAGAUAAUCGGGCCCUAGCCGUUGCUUCUCAGCUGGCAAAGAAUCAGGCCAAGCAUCUCGUCGUUCUCCAUGUCCUCUCGCCUGGAGACUAUCGAUCCCACGAUCGCUCGCCAAGGAGAAUCGACUUCGUUCUCCGUAAUCUCAUCGACCUUCGCACCCGUCUCCACAAGCUCAACAUCCCUCUCUGCACAAUCACCAUCGAGCCUCGUCAACAGAUUCCAGAAAAGAUUAUCGAACUCAUAUCUACCUGGGGCACCUGCUACCUGACUGCCAAUAUCGAGCACGAAGUGGACGAACUAAGACGCGAUAUUCAAGUCCUCAAACUUGCCCGCGAGAACAAUAUUGAGGUGGAUUUCGUACACGAUACUUGCUUAGUAGAACCUGGAAAAGUGCUGACAAAGGAAAACAAACCGUAUUCGGUUUUUAGUCCAUGGCAGCGCAAUUGGGCAAAUCUCAUUAACAGUAACUUAGAUGAUUAUAUUGCCGCAGCAGAAGAUUGUCAGCCUAAUAGUCCAGCCAUCAAGGAAGUUCAGAUCCUGAACAAGCUGUUCGAUUGCGAGGUCCCCACUUCAAUUCCAGGCUUCGAAUUAUCGGCGGAGGACUCACGAGUCAUGCACGAGCAUUGGAAAGCUGGUGAACAGGCUGCAGAAGAGUUACUGCAUCAGUUUCUCAAUUCACCUUUGAAAAGCGAAUCCAGUAAACAAACUACUCUAACCAAGAAUGGCAAAGCAUCAUCCUCGGUCGAGACGAUUAUCCAACAAUACUCGACACUCAGAAACCGACCGGACUUACCGGGCACCAGCAGACUAUCCGCAUAUCUGGCCGCUGGUGUGAUCUCACCGCGAGCAUGCGUCCGAGCAACAUUCCAAAUCGGUGAGAAGGGGAAAAAACCGGUGAAUGGUAUGCAGGUAGAUCGACGUGAUCUAGGUGUUGGGAUGUGGCAAAGUGAACUAGGCUGGCGAGAUUUCUAUCAACAUGUCUUAGCUGCCUGGCCCAGAGUCUGCAUGGGCAAGGCUUUCAAUCUCAAGUACGAAGAAGUGGUUUGGGAAAACGAUGAAGAGAUUUUCGAGAAAUGGAAGGAAGGGAUGACCGGAUAUCCUUUUAUAGAUGCUUGUAUGAGGCAGCUCAAGCACAUUGGCUACAUGCACAACCGUGGUCGGAUGUGUGUCGCUAUGUUCCUGACUAAAGACUUGAUGAUGGAUUGGCGACGGGGAGAAAAAUGGUUCAUGGAAAAUCUAGUCGAUGGCGAUUUAGGUAGCAAUAAUGGUGGCUGGCAAUGGUCAGCCUCAACGGGUACAGAUGCUCAGCCUUACUUUCGGAUCUUUGCGCCGCUUUCUCAAUCGGAAAAAUCGGAUCCGAAUGGAGACUUUAUCCGACAUUGGGUACCUGAACUAAAAUCACUUACUGGAAAAAGCAUUCAUGCCCCCUUCGAUACUCUAGCAAGUGACAAAUUCAAAAAGCUGAACUAUCCUAAACCGAUCGUCGAUCACUCUGUGGUCAGAAAACGGGCCUUGGCUCGUUACAAAACUCCUGGUAGCUCUGCGAAUUCUUGA